CAUCCCCUUGGGGCGGAUGGGGAUUGCGAGCUGGGUUGACACGUUUGCGAUUUCCCCGGCUAAUCAGCUGGCUUGUGUUUGCUGCGGGAGCCGCCGCCGUUGUGCUGCCGGCAAGGGGGUGAAGUGCAGGCUCGAGAGGCUGAAGUGUGAGCGAGAACAGAGCCGGGGGGCCCUGGACGCGCGAGCUGCACUUUUCCUGCCGAGGUGCUCGAGCAGCCGAGCUGAUGAGUGCAGCGGCUGCUGCCUUCUUGCGAGACAGGAAAUCUGAGAGGCCUGCUCGAGUGGAGGCGAUAGUGGAAUUUGACUACAAGGCUCAACAUGAUGAUGAGCUGACAAUCACAGUAGGUGACAUAAUCACCAAUAUCAAGAAAGAGACUGGAGGCUGGUGGGAAGGACAGCUCAAAGGCAGAAGAGGUUUGUUCCCUGACAACUUUGUAAGAGAAAUAAAGAAGGACAUGAAGAAAGAAAGUAUUGCCAACAAACCACCAGAGAAGCCUAUAGAUGAAGUUUCCAAUGGAAGCCCUUUACUGUUUUCUGAGACCAUUAGAACCACCAGAAAAGGGGAGAGAAAUAGGAGGAGAAGAUGUCAGGUGGCUUUCAGUUACAUGCCUCAGAAUGAAGAUGAGCUGGAGUUAAAAGUUGGUGACAUCAUUGAAGUGAUGGGAGAAGUGGAGGAGGGCUGGUGGGAAGGAAUUCUGCAUGGAAAGACUGGCAUGUUUCCUUCCAACUUCAUAAAGGAACUUUCUGUUGAUUCUGAUGAUGUGGAAAUUGCACGGGAGGAACAACUAAUAAAGCCAAGAAAGUCUGCCUUUCAUGGGACAGUUCUGUACAGAGUGGCACAAGCAAAGAUUGACAGCUACAGACGCUAUAACAGUUUAAGAGAUGCUACGGGCUCUGAGAGUGAUGGUGGUGACUCAAGCAGCACAAAAUCAGAAGGAGCCAAUGGAGCAGCAGCAAUCCAACCCAAAAAGGUCAAGGGGAUUGGUUUUGGAGAUAUCUUCAAAGACAAACCAAUAAAGCUACGACCAAGGUCAAUAGAAGUAGAAAAUGACUUUCCACCAGUAGAAAAGACUGUUGGGAAGAAAUUACCUCCAGCUACAGCAGCUCAAGAGCCAACGAAAAUAGAAAUGGACAGCAGAACCAAGAUCAAGGAGUAUUGCAAAGUAAUAUUUCCGUAUGAAGCACAGAAUGAAGAUGAACUAACAAUCAAAGAAGGUGAUAUCGUCAUACUUAUCAAUAAGGAUUGCAUUGAUGCCGGCUGGUGGGAAGGAGAACUCAAUGGCAGGCGUGGAGUGUUUCCAGAUAACUUUGUCAAGCUUCUUCCCUCUGAUUUUGAAAAAGAGAGACCUAAGAAACCACCACCUCCAUCAGCUCCUGUCAUCAAACAAGGGUCAGGAAUGAUAGUACAAAAGUAGAGUUAGUGGGCAGUACGGUAUCCGGAACCUUGGAGAAGGACUCCUCAGAAAGAAGCAGUGACGUUGAUCUGGAAGGUUUUGACUCUGUAGUACCAGUUGCUGAGAAGCUCAGUCAUCCAACUACAACCAGACCAAAAGCUACUGGCAGACGACCUCCAUCCCAGUCACUCACAUCUUCCUCACUUUCAAGUCCUGAUUUCUUUGACUCACCAAGCCCUGAAGAGGAAAAGGAAGAACAUGUGUCCAUUAUACAUAAAGCAACUGAAGUGUCAAAGAAAACAAAGACUGUUACAAUAUCACAAGUGUCUGAUAAUAAAACUUCAUUGCCUCCAAAACCAGGGGGCUUGACUAGUGGGAGUAAUAUACAAGCAUCAUUAUCCUCCUCAUCCUCACCUGCACUUCAUUCAGUUACUGUGGGAACAACAGGCCAUAGGUCAAAUUCCCCAUCUUUGUUCAGUACUGAAGGAAAGCCAAAGACUGAGCUCUCAAGCCAGGGUCCAGCAGCCUUGGAGGAGCUGAGGACACAAGUUAAGGAGCUAAGAACUAUCGUUGAGACAAUGAAAGACCAGCAAAAAAAAGAGAUUAAACAAUUGUUGUCUGAAUUGGAUGAAGAAAAAAAGAUCCGUCUACGAUUACAGAUGGAAGUUAACGACAUAAAGAAAACUCUUCAAUCAAAAUGAAUACUUGAUAGGUGGAAUGUUACAUUAUUCAUCAUGACUGAGACUCAAAUUUAUGCCCCAGCCAAAAUAACUUUGUGCCAAAUGAUUUAAGAAUUGCCUCAAUAUCCCUUUGUUUGAAGGAUUAGCACAAGAGUUUUUGAUAGCACAACACAAAUUCCAAUGAAGAGGAAAAAAAUCCACAGGAUGCGGUUGCUGUACGGCACUGGUUGUGACUGAAAUUGAUCUUAUUGUGCUAAAGUCUCUACUUCAAGAUCACAAAUGAAAUGAAAACUCAGGCAGUUUAGUCCAUAGUGGUACUAUUUUGAUGAUAUUUUUCCAUAAAUAAAAUGUAUUUCAGAUUA